AAACAGUAAGUUUAAGACAGAAACAAUCUUUAUGAUGAUUUGUUUAUCAUUAUUACUAAAAUAUUAGUUACAUUUUUAAAGUAUUUAAAGUAUCAAGUUCGUUCAAAGUUUGACAUACAACCAUAAUAAUAUUCCUCCUCUUAUAUAUCGCUAUGUAAGUCACAAUAUAAAACACAUUGUCUCGCGUAGAUCUACGCUCCCGGCAUACUUACUGGUACAAAACGAAAUGUUGCGGUUAUUGAUCUACUCUAUGGUUUCAGUAAAUAGAAAUUGACAUUGACAACUCACUGACGUUCACUUCAAGUUCAUUUGUUGUGUUGAUGUUGUCAAAACGUUUGUUGUUUGAAGUUGUCUCUUUGGUUACCAUUUGAUCACAAGUUACAAAUUGAUAAAAUAUUGAUAACAAAUUCUAUUUAUCUAAGGUAGAUAGGGCUCGAUUAGUGUUCUUCGUAUUUAGUUGAACAAAUAUUAAGUGGAACAUGCGAUUAGAUUAUCAGGCAGUGCUUGCUUACGAAACAUAUUUUGGGUGUUCCUGUUAUCACCAUUUGAAAUUAUUACUUUCCUGAACCAAUGUUAUGAAAAUGAAUCAUAUUUGAGGCGCAAUUUUAAGCUGUAGCAAAACAUGAUACAUAUUUUGGAUACGUAUAAUUCUUGAAAUCCUGAAUCGAGUGUAAAAUAUCACAACCAUGGAAUACAGAACCAUGCUCCAUUUACAAAAAUGUUUAUAUUUUAAUUUAUAUUUGUACAUAAUUUGGGUGACAGUAGUAGGAUUUUUUCUGUAUGCAAAGUUGAAUAGCCUUGGGCAUUUAACGAAAUACCUUUCAUUGACGGUAUUCACAUUAUUGAUUGUUAUUGAGUCAGCAAGAAUAUAUUUAGGUCACUAUGGCAACCUUUCUAGGAGGGUACCAGAACUAGCUGGGUUCCUGAUGCUGACAAUUUUGAUGCAAAUGCCUCUAGUCAGCUUCUUCCUCUUCAACCCAUACUUGAUGAGCACCCCCAUGGAGAUCACACUGCACACCAUGCUAUGGUUGCUCACACUCACUGAAGUAGUGUUCAGCUUUAUGGCAUUGAAACAAGCCUCGAAUUUUGCCAAAAGCAUUUACUUAUCCCAACCAAACAACAGAUGAAUGAGAACCCACUAAACAUUAGGAUUAUGGAUCAUUCCUACUAUUAUUAAAAUUGAAGAAUAUGUUUGUUAGUUUUGUACACAUAG